CAUGAUUGUAUUUUCUGGAAACUGUGUUUCGUACAGCAGUGUUUUGUAUUUCUGAAUAUAUGAUAACUCUCAACUAAACCACAUAUUUACCGAUUGAAAAGGAAAACAAAACAUACUUCAUAUAUCUUACGAGAAAGGGAACCAGCUAUGCCAAACUGUUCAAACUGUGGUGGGGAAUUGCGACCUGGUGCAAGAUAUUGCUCUGGUUGUGGAACGAAGGUUGAACCAACAAAGCCUACGAAACUGUUUUGCCACGAUUGUGGGGAGGAACAAACACCUGGUUCAAAGUUCUGUGAUGAAUGUGGGACGGACUUAAAAGGAGACGAUCCGAAAACGCAGACGAAAAGGGAACCAACCUGCCUAGAUGUGAAACCACCAGACGAGUUCGACCUUGGGACUUCAAAACUUGAACAACUAGAUGGACUUGGAGACGACGAAACAAAAGAGCUUAGGAUACUUCUGGUCGGACACACUGGGCAUGGGAAAAGCGAAACUGGAAACAGCCUGCUGGGAAGAAAGGCAUUCAAACCUGGUAGAGGACACCGCUCUGUGACAAAAACAUGUCAUCGUCAAGAGGCGAACAGAUUUGGGUGGCAAAUAGAUAUUGUUGACACUCCUGGAUUCUUCGAUUCCGGUCAUGAUGAUACGUUUGUUUACCAGGAACUUUCGAAAUGUGUCGCACUCACAGUACCCGGUUUUAAUGCUAUUCUGUUUACUUUGCGACCAGAUAGAUUUUCAGAGGAAAUUGCAAAAACAGUUGAUUUAUUUUUCGACUUUUUUGGUAAAAAGGUUGGGGAUUUUGGAUAUGUAGUCCUUACAUAUACAAAAAACAAUGAAGAGAGAGAUGAAUAUAUCGGUGGGGAGAAGAGAAGUACUCUUGAAAGACACCCAAAGUUAGAUGAAUUGCUCAAGAGAUGCAAACAAAAAGUUCUGAUCAUAGAUAAUAGUUGUGGAUGUGUUGAAGAUCAAGUAAAAGUUAUCUAUGAAAGAAUCAUUGAGGAAACAAAAAGGCAAAAACAACCUUUCUUUACGAAUGAAUGCACGGAAAAUAUCGCUCUUUUUGCUGAGGAAUAUAUCAAAUCGAAGAAUAAAAAAAAUGUGAAGUCAUGGAUUCCAAAGUGGCUGAGAAGAAAUACUGCAGAUGAAGACGUAGAUGAAAUGCUUCCACCUUACCCCGAGAACGAUCCCGUCAGCAAACGCAAGGCAAGAAAAUCGCAGAAAGUUGUGCCUCAAAUUACUUACCAAACAACAAUCAAUUACAACGAGUUCAAAAACGAUAUUGAAAAUGAUAGAACGCUGCUUGGUAACGUGGUUGACUUUGUUGUAAGUGGUGUUGGCACAGCUUUGAUCACAGCUGCAGAUGCAGUUACUGGAUUUAUUGCAGGUUUAAAAUUUUGGUGACAGCAGAAGAGAAUUGGAUAAUCGAAACUAGGACAUUGUAACUUAUAUGUGUCCUGUUAACCUAUACAAUGAUACUUAAGUCAUGUGAUUUUUUUCGAAUGUUAUUUCGAAGCCAGGGCAGGAUACUAUGAUAACAUUAUCAACACUUUGAAGUGAAAUCACAAUAAUAAAUUAUUCGGUGAGGCAUUUGGGACCCUCCUUCACCUUCAAUAUUCAAUGCUUUUCAUCAGCAAGAAGCGGUAAAGGUCCAUAGGAGGCAAGGCGUUAAAACAAGAAAAGUUAAUAAUGGUUGGAAACAGCUUGAACCUGCUAAAAAUAAAAAAGUCUACAAAAAAGCUACCAGUAUACAUUUUUAAAGGUUUUAAAUAGAAAUAGAAUACUAUGAACUUUAAUACUUUCUGAAUGUGAUAAUGACAAAGACCCCGUUUUAUAAAAACAAACAACCAGUGUCCCUGUGCUGCAUGUGCGUGUUGGUUUCAAUGAUUGUGAUGCAUUUAACAUGAAAGCGUUUUGUACAGUAUAUGUUGCAUAUAAUGAAGAAAAUAAUAUGUUUUGCUAAAUAAUGUUGUGUGAUUUAAAGAUUGGAAGAACGUUUUAUGUUUUCUCGAUUACUCAUGUACGGAAUGUGUUCAGGUUAUUUCGUGAAUUGAUUUCUUUUGUAUUGCUUAAUAUUUUUGAACAGCAUAUGUGUGUAUUACCUUUAGAAAGUCUUUAUAUUCCAGAAGCAACUAAGUCAAAUUUCUAAUCUCGAGAACUCGGGUACAUAUUUUGCUUUAAGGGUCGGAACUAUGAAAAAGUCGAUAAAGAAACCAACAUUUUAAAUGUUUUAAAAAAUCAACUUCUAUUUAGUUUUGAGGUUCAAUAUUCAACAAGCAUGACUCAUAUCCGAUGCAACAUGAAAAGCUGUAAUUAGGAGUUGAGCAUUUUUUACGAAAGAAUAUUUUAUCAGAUUUCCAAUCAAAAAGCAUUUACGUUUUCCCGGAAAUGUCUUUAUACAAAACGAAUAUGUUUGUGAGUCAUGUUUAUCGGAACUGCCCUAUCAACAAUGUAUUGUGGCUUUGUGUUGAUUGCUGAUAUUUUAUAAAAGCGAUAUAUGCAUUUUUGUAACCCGGAAAGGACUUUCAUCCACGAAAUUAUUGUUCUGUAGUACUUUUUUAUUUGACAAGAUAUCAUCAAAAUCUCUCAAGGCAUUGUUGAAUAGGUAGUCUGGUGCAUUUUGACAUAAAAACGAAGUACUAAUGUCGACAGACAUUUCCGUAAUAAUGUGAAUGCGUUUUUAUCCAAAAUCUGUUAAAAUAUUUUAUUGUAAAAUUUGUUUAACUCCUUACUAACCCUAAACAGGUCGCCAAGAAUAAAUGUUUCACUCCCAAACAUAUCUUUCCUCAAAGAUAAAUAAAACAUUUUUUUAACGUAUUAGAUUUUGACCAUCCCCAUCCACUUUUGCAUCGCUGCCCGCCCUUAAAUACCUCUUCCAUACUAGAAUGUUAAAUUAUAAUUAAAAUAAUAGAUGUAAUAUUUAUAUAUCUAUAUAUAUUGUUUUAAAACCACACGGAUGAUGCUAUAACUGUAUUCUGUAGAAAAUCACACACGAACAAUACAAGGAAAAAGAAAAUCGCAUAACAUUAAAUAAUAAUUU